AUGGCGGCGCUCAAGCUCAACAACUGCAUGACGAGCUCCUCCUUGCUGCUCGUCCUGCUCGCGCUCUGGGCCGCCCCGCUGGCCGUCGUGGCCGGGGACCCAGACAUCCUGACCGACUACAUCAUCCCGGCAACCACAAACCCCGUGAACAUCACGGGCGCGUUCUUCUCCUACUCGGGCCUCCGCGGCGCGCUGGCCUUGCAGGCGCCGGAGAACUUCACGGUGGCCAAGGCCUCCAUGGCGGAGUUCCCGGCGCUGAACGGGCAGAGCGUGUCGUACGCGGUGCUCUCGUACGGGCCGGGCUCCAUCAACCCCACGCACACUCACCCGCGCGCCUCUGAGCUGCUGCUCGUCCUCGACGGUGCGCUCUCCGUCGGCUUCGUCGACACCGCAGGCAACCUCUUCACGCAGGACCUCGCCGCCGGCGACAUGUUCGUGUUCCCCAAGGGCACCGUGCACUGGCAGUUCAACAGUGGCACCCAGCCCGCCAAGGCGCUCUCGGCGUUCGGGAGUGCCGCCGCGGGGCUCGUCUCCCUCCCGGUCACCCUGUUCGGCGCCAGCAACAUCGACGACGUCGUGCUGGCCAAGUCCUUCAAGACCGAUGUGGCCACCAUCCAGAAGCUGAAGGCAGGCCUCGCCCCGAAGCCAUGA